AUGGGCUGCGGGCACAGCGCGCCCGCCGCGAGGGACGGAUCGGCGGACGGCGGGGCGCGCGGGCCGGGCGCCAAGGGCGGGGAUCCGGCGGCGAGGAACCCGGUGCAGAGCCCCAAACACAAGGCGAAGCAUACCAGAGGCCCGCUGGAUCAACAGGAGCUCGCCGCCAAGCAUGAGCUGGCUGAUGGUUAUGAACAGGCAUCAGGAUCACCCGACAUUGGCUCAGCAGUCAGUCAGCAGGGUGAUCUGGAGGCUAACGAAGACAAGUGGGAUGACAGGGUGAAGAAAGAACGCCGACUAGGUUUUGGAAUGGAGGUUGUUAGGGAGCAGCUGAGACGCAUGGCCGUUGGGGGGCCGCAGACAGAAGCUGACAGAGCAAAGAUUUAUGAGGUCAGCUCAUCGGACAACAGUGACAACGACGGCCAAGAGCUGGAAAGGUCUAUUACCCUGAGCAGGAACGAAGUUGUGUGGAAGCCAGAGAACACUGUGAGCACUAUCUGUGGCGCCCUCAAGGACAACCAAGUCUUCCACGGAAUGGCAGAUUCACUGGUGCAGAUGGUAAGGCACACUCCUUCAAGACAAAUAUGUCGCUAA